AAACCGGAAGUCAACAAUCAUGGCAGCCAAAAGCAAAGGGAAACAACGUGGAGAGGAUCUCAAACAAGAAGAUGUUAUUCAAGCUGUUGUUAUUGCUGAUAGUUUCAAUAUUAGAUUUGCACCAAUCACAAAGGAAAAACCUAAGUCUCUCCUACCUGUUGCCAAUUUACCCAUUCUGGAUUACACUCUAGAGUUUUUAGUUACAGCAGGAGUGCAAGAAAUAUAUGUCUUCUGCUGUCAUUUAGCAGAUCAAAUUAGGACACACAUAAGGCAGUCAAAAUGGAGUGAGUGCAGCAGCUGCAGCAUCACACCAAUCCUCUCAGAAUGCUGUAUGUCAAUGGGGGAUGCCUUGAGAGAGGUUCAUGAUAAGUCAGUCAUCAGGAGUGACUUCAUCCUAGUGUAUGGGGAUGUGGUGGCCAAUAUUAGGCUUCAAGAUGUUUUGGAAGAACACAAAAAGAGGCGAGAAGACAAAACUUGCCCCAAGAACAGAAACUCUGUGAUGACGAUGAUUUUCCAAAAAGUGCCUCCUGGGCACCCGUCCCGAAACAAAGAGGAUGACAUUUUCCUGGCAAUAGAUCAGUCAUCUAACCGAGUCUUACACUACCAGAGAGUCACAGAACAGUCUAAACUACAUAUACCAGUGGAAGUUUUGACGGACAAUGAUGAUGUGCAGUUGAGAUACGAUCUUCUGGACAGUCAGAUCAGUGUGUGUUCACCAGAAGUUCUCUCCCUUUACAAGGAUAACUUUGAUUACCUCAACAGAGACGAUUUUGUGAAAGGGAUACUCAUCAAUGAAGAUAUCAUGGAGAAAACAAUGCAUGUUUGUGUGAUCAGUGAUGGAUACAUGGGUAGAAUUUCUAAUCUACAGAUGUAUGAUGCUGUCAGUCAUGAUGUGAUUUGUCGGUGGUCCUACCCAUUGGUGCCCGAUACUCAGACUGAUGAACAGGGACAGAUUAUCUCCCAUAGUCGACAUAACAUAUACACCAGCAAGGACGUCACGUUGGCCAAAGGUUGUGUUCUGGAGAAGAAUGUUUUGGUGGGUAGAGGAACAAGAAUUGGCAGUGAUACUCGGAUUACCGACUCAGUGAUAGGCAAAGAUUGCAAAAUAGGAAGUAAUGUGAUCAUUGAGAAUGCUUAUGUCUGGGAUGGGGUAACGAUUGAAGAUAACUGUUUUGUAAAUACAUCUGUCAUCUGUGAUAAUGUUGUCAUCUAUUCAUCAACUACAGUCCAACCUGGCUGUAUUUUGUCCAUGAAUGUUGAGGUUGGUCCAAGUGUAAAAAUUGAGUCUGGAACACGUCUGCAGUCAACAAAAGAUGAGGAUGAUGAUUUUGGUGAUGACUUGACAGAGGCUGAUCAGGAUGCAGUGAGCAUUAUGAAUUAUGGCAGUAAAUCCAAGGCUUUUCUGUAUCAACCCCCUGAGGACAGCGAUGAGGAGGACAACGACAUUGUACAGGACAUGUGGGGCCUCAGUAUCCAAUCAGAAUCCUCCACAGAAACCUCCAGUCUCUCCAAGCAGUCCAGUGUGGAUGAGGCCAUGCUGGAUGAUGAAGAAUUAUUCUACAGUGAGUUGCUGGAUACACUGGUGAAAGCCAAGGAAGAUAACUACACAACAGAAAACCUUAUUCUGGAAAUUAACUCUCUCAAGCAUACAUACAAUAUAGCCAUUACAGAUUUGUAUGGUAUGGUAAUGAAAGGUUUGAUUGAGAUUCCUCUGAGAGAAUCACAGGACCUGGAGCCAGGUGCUCAGCUUGUUAGUGUCAAAAAGAAUUUUGCAAAGUAUAGCCCUUUAAUUAAAAACUACAUCAAAGGUGAAGAAUCUCAGUUAGAUUGUCUCCAUGCUCUAGAGGAUUUUGCCUUGAGUAACGGUAAGGUGAACACACUUCUUGUCAAAAUUCUUCACACCCUAUAUGACCUGGAUAUUUUGUCCGAGCAAGUUCUGAUUAAGUGGCACAACAUGGACAAAGAGGAUGAAUAUAAGGCCAUCAAACACCAGGUGGCUCCUUUGAUAAAGUGGUUGGAGGAGGCAGAAGAGGAAACAUCUGAUGAAGAGGAAGGCAGUGACUGAUUUGGUUUGAACAUCAAUUGAGGAGGGAUGACUGAAUUAACUAUAGCAAGACUUUUAAAUGUACUUGCAGUCUUCUCAUUGAACUUAAACAUGUUGAUCAGUUACAUUGAGGAAUUUAUUAAAUUUAAUGUCCACCUA